CUAGAGGGGGUAUGGUGCUAAUGAUAGCUAGAGAGAGAAGAAAACAAGCAAAGAUAUUGAAUAUUGAAGGCAUCCCCCAUUGCCCAAAACUAGACCAUCAAUCCCAGUCACUUUCAAUCCACUCGGUCGGGAUUAGGAAGGCCCUCAAAGACUCAUCCCACCUCUCUCUCUCUCUCUCCUCUCUCUCAAACUUUGAAGAAAAGAAUAGUAAGGCGGUGCAACAAAGGGUUGAGCUAACCAAUACCCAUUUUUCUGAUUUUCCUCGAUGACUGCUGUACAUCUCUCUCUCUCUCUCUCUCUCAUGCGUGAUGUGUGGACCCUACUUUAGCUCUUCCAACCAGCGGCGCCAUUAGUCUUUACUUAGUUUCCAAGCUCACCCACCUCCCCUUCCCCUCUCUCUCUCUCUCCUCUCUUUCCUCUUUCUCUCUCAUUAGUCUGGUUGCAUACAUACCAUGAUCCUCAUCCUCAAUUUAUUAUAAAGAAAUCCGAACACCACCACCCCUUCUCUCCUCUUCCUCGAUCUCUCUUUGCCUUCUCCCUCCCUCCCUCCCUCCCUCCCUCAUAAACAAAUCCAAGCAAAAUCCAUAAAAACCCAUCACCCCAAAAUCCCCCGCCUCCUUCCCUUCUUUUUUUUAUUCAUAUAUCAACAACAACAAAAGCCACCCACCAAUCACACACCUAGCCUAGUUUUAGCUAGAGUGAGAGAGAGAAAAAAACCCAAAAUCCCAAAAAAUAAACAACAAAAUACAUAAACAAGAUGAAAGGUGGAUAUGUUGACACCAAGGGUGAAAUUCAAAGCAUGUUCUCCAAGCUUCACCACCCCCACCACUACAAAACAAAUCUAGCACACAACCCAGCAACACCCAGCACCACCACUUUCCCAAAACCCAUUCCAAAGCCAUCACCCACCAAUCAUCGCGAAUGCCAAACUUCCGAGGAAGAAAGACACCCAGCCGCCACCAGCAGCGGCACCGCCACUGUCACCACCAACCCCUCCGCCCAAAACCCCAAGUCCUCCGCCGCCGCGGACCCUUCCAACCCAUCAGCCGACGGCGCCACCAUCGAAGUCAUCCGACGGCCCCGAGGCCGUCCACCUGGCUCCAAAAACAAGCCCAAACCCCCCGUCAUCAUCACCCGAGACUCAGAGCCCCCUAUGAGCCCCUACAUUCUCGAAGUCCCGGGAGGAAGCGACAUCGUCGAGGCCGUCUCCCGCUUCUGCUGCCGCAAAAAUAUCGGCCUCUGCAUUCUCACCGGCUCCGGAACCGUUGCUAACGUCACUCUCCGUCAACCGUCAACUACACCCGGAGCUACCGUUACUUUUCACGGCCGCUUCGACAUCCUGUCAAUCUCCGCCACCUUCCUCCCCCAAACCACGCCGUCCUGCCCCGUCUCCGUCCCCAGCGGCUUCACCAUCUCCCUCGCCGGCCCGCAAGGCCAGAUCGUCGGCGGCUUAGUGGCGGGGGCCCUCGUGGCGGCUGGGACUGUGUACGUCAUCGCCGCGUCGUUUAACAACCCGUCUUAUCAUCGGCUUCCCGGGGAAGACGAGGCGGUUAGGAACUCGGGUUCGGGCGAUGCCCACUCGCCGCCGUUGUCUGGGGGUGUGGAGAGUGGGGGGCACGCGCCGCCGUCAUCGCAAUCAUGUGGGAUGUCCAUGUAUAGCUGCCACUUGCCUACUGAUGUCCUCUGGGCUCCAACUGCGAGGCAACCACCACCUCCACCGCCUUACUGAAAAUGUUAAUUAAUUUUCUGUUUUUUUUUUUCGGUUGUGGGUUUUUUUUUUUUUUUUUUUUUUGGGGUUUCCCUUGAAAUGGGUACUUAGUGGUUACUGUGAAUUUAGAACUUAGAAGCUGUUUCUCUUACUCUGUUGCCUUCUUCUGGGUACUGUUCUUUUGCUCAAAAUUUUAUUUCUAUUAUUAUUAUUAUUUAGAUGUUGAUUAAUAGUAGUGUUUUUUAAUAUCAAAAUUUGGGUACUUGGAAGUUAAGUUACUGUUAAUUUUGUUAAUUUAGAAUUUAGAAGCUGUUUCUUUGGACAAAUGUGUGUAGUUACUAUGCAGAUGCUAAUUAGUGGUGGUGUUUUUGAUCGAAAUAUGAAAGGAGAUUAUGAAUUUUUGAACAGUGUAGGUUUUAAACAUAAAUAAUAAUAAUAAUAAUAAUAAAAUAAACAAUACCGGGGUUUAUUUUUUGUAUUUUUCAGGAUAGAAAUUAAUGAAAGUGGUGAGUUUUGGUGUUAGUGUGUAAAGAUAACUCAAUGGAGUAUGUUGUCUUGUCUGAUAACUCAGUGUUAGGUUUUAUAUCAUCAGCUGCUGUUGUGGUUAUCUUUAAUAAUGAGUUUGGGUUGGCUCUUGGCUCUUUGGCUCUUGGCUCUUCGGCUCUUUGGCUCUUUGGCUCUUUGGCCCUUUGGCUCUUUGGCUCUUUGGUGGUGUCAAAAGUCUGAAAUGAAAAUUCAGAGUUGCUUUUCGUUGGUUAUGGAUUUGUGGUUGGCUUUGAAUGGGGUUUUGGAGUGUGGGUUUUUAUGAUUUUUUUGCUUUGAAGUUUGGAAUGACUGUCUCCAAAAUCUGAUGGCUAAUGGGUGGGGGGUACUAUUUGAUUCUGCUGAGAGCAGAGUCUAGGCUUAGCUGGUUUCUCUGCAACAGCUGCAGAAGCAGCAGCAACAGCAGCACCACUGGCUCCCUCAAGAUAAAGAUAACGCUGUGAUUCGGUUUGAAUUUCUUUUUCUUGAUUUUCUUCUGGAUUUGGAUAAAGUGUAUGACAGUGCAGAAACGUCGCUGGGGCUUGUGCUUGCCAGUCCAGUAGGUUUCCUUUCACACAACACUCUCUCUCUCUCUCUCUCUCUCUCCUCCUCUCACAGAGAGAGACACAGAGAGAGAGAGAGAGAGAGAGAGAGUUAUUGCUUUAUCCAAUAGGCAAUUAAAUGGUCUUUUUUCUCUGGUAAGAAAACUCCUUUCGACUUUAUUUCUUCUCUAUAUUUUGCUUCUUUUUCUUUUCUUUAUUUUUUUCCAAUCUGAUCUGAUAUAUGUACUUUCGUUUGUCUCCAUCUUACUUUGCUCCCAUCCUUUUCUUUGAUAGGAAAAAAAGCAAAACAUCAUAAAAGCCAAAGGUGGCUCGUCCCGAGCCUCUAAUUUCUUUUUCUCUUUUGUUUCUUUCUUUUUUAUUUCUUUUUGUUUUUGUGGAUUCUUGAGCGCCACUGCUGCAUGCACCUCUUUGGAAAGAAACAAAAAACUAAAAGAAAACACCUUUGGAUGAAGUGAUUGGCUUCUUGACGUUGCAGAGAGAGGCCAUCAUGCCAUGUUUCUAGUUGUUGCUAAAGUGCAUAUGUGUUUAGUGAUCAUAUGGGCCAUGGUGUUUUUAUGUAUAUGGAUGCUGUACUUGCAGAAGUUCAAUUGUGAUCAAAUUAACGAGUGGAUUUGCAUGCAUGUGUGUCUAAGCAAAUUUGUGUUUAAAAAGAAAAAGCAAAGGAGGGCCAUGAAGUUCAAACUUA